AAACAAAGAAAGGUCAUGAUCCUCCCUCGCCAGGCUUCAGCAAUGAUCAGCAGAGGGCUGAGCUCUUACAGCCAUAUUCCCACCACUCCUUGAUCCAAACAGAUUUCCAAACUUUUUCCAAACACACCCCAGAUUUCAUAUCAUUCAUUUCAGUUUCCUAAGUAUCUCUAAAAGACGGGAUUCUAGCGACCACACCUUUGGAAAACCUAACCAUCCAAUAUCCAGUGAUCACAUUGCUCCAGUUGUCUUGCGAUUCUUUAAUGAUUUGUUUGAAUCCGCUCCCCCCGCCCCGCAUUAUAAUUGGUCGCCGUCUUUAGCACUCUACCUGCUCCGGGACUGCGCCCCGCCGUGUGGCACGCGCCGUACGAGGCCCUGGCUUCUCCCUUGGGGGGUGCAGGGAGGAGGCUGCGGAGCCGCAGGCGGACUGGGGGCCCCGGCUGAACCCCGCCGCCCCGCCCAGCUCCCCCCGCCCAGGACGCAGCGCAGCUGGAGCCGGGACCUCAGGAGAAUGUCUCAGGAACCUAGGACAUGGUCUCUUUUCCUGAUCCUUUUUCUGAGCCAUGGAGUGACAGGUCAGAAAGCUUCAAAUUCCAGGCAGGAUUUGCAUCCACUGUUGCAAAAAAUGGCGGAAGAAAUAAUAGAGGGAAGCUAUCUGAAUGCACUACUGGAUCUCAUACAGUUUCAAAGUGCCCAUGGGUGGACAGCUGACCUGUCCCGCCAAGUCCUGGACUACCUGAAUUCCUGGAAUGUUGCCGUCACCCUUCCCAGCCUGCAGGCAGCCAUGGAAAAUCAUCUGCAGCAGCGACUGUACCAGCCCCAGAAGCUACUGGCGGACCUGAGGAAAUCUGAUGUUCAGCAGUUUCGCACUGCCAUGAAAUGCCUCUUGGAAGACAAGCACGACCACUUGGACCUGAAGGACAUUGUCAUUGACUUGAGAGAGAUUCGGGAACAAGCCUUGCAGAGUCCUGGUGUGAACCGAAGCCUGUUUCUCGUCACGCUGGAGAGGUGUUUCCAGGUGCUGAACUCCCUGGAGUGUGUGGAGAUCCUGGACAGGGUGCUGAGGGGUUCCUCAGCCCACUUUCUCCAGCCAGAGGUCACCGAGAGGCUGCCCCGGCACCUGCGCGAGGAUGCCUUUAAGGACCUAUCUGCACUGUUCAAGGAUCUCUAUGACCGAACUUCGGCUGGUGCCCAGAGAGCUCUGUACUCCUGGAUGACGGGGAUCUUGCGUACAUCCUCCCAUGCCCCUGGUGAUUCUGUUUCAUGGGUCAGUGCAGAAAACUUAUGGAUUUUGGGCAGAUAUAUGGUUCACCUAUCAUUUGAAGAAAUUAUGAAAAUUAGUUCUAUAGAAAUUGGGCUGUUUAUCAGCUAUGACAAUGCCACCAAGCAGUUGGAUACAGUCUAUGACAUCACUCCUGAACUGGCCCGAGCAUUUCUGGAGAAGAUUAGCUCCUCCAGCUUCGACAUGAGGAACACCUCGACCAUCCACAGGUUGGGGCUGCUGGUUUGUUUCUACAAUGACCUGGAGCUGCUGGAUGCCACGAUGGCCCAAGUCCUGCUUCACCAGAUGAUCAAGUGCAGCCACCUGCGGGGCUUCCGGACCGGUGUUCAGAAGCUCAAAGCUGACCUCCUGGACAUUGCCACAGAGAACCAGACCCUUAACGAGACCCUGGGCUCUUUGUCGGAUGCGGUUGUGGGUUUGACCUCCAGUCAGCUGGAAUCUCUGUCCCCUGAGGCCGUGCACGCUGCCAUCUCCACUCUCAACCAGGUCUCAGGUUGGGCCAAAAGCCAGGUCAUCAUCUUGUCUGCCAAGUACUUGGCCCAUGAAAAGGUGCUGUCCUUCCACAACGUCAGCCAGAUGGGCGUGCUGCUGGCGGGGGUUGGCACCCAGGCCUUCCACAACAUGGAUGGCAAGGACCUCGUGCAGGUGCUGAGAAGCACAGUCUCCCAGCACCUGUCAGAUCUGUCACCUGCCCAGCAGCACGGUGUCCUCAGCAAGCUGAACGAAGCAGGAGACACUGCCGCAAGCAUCAUGGAGCUGCAAGGGGCUUUCUUUAAGGAAGUGUCUCUCUUUGACUUACGGAGAGAACCCCGACUCAACUCUACAGGCCUGAAGGAAAAGGAGCUUCGGAGGAGCCAGGCCUUGUUUCUGUAUGAGCUUCUGUCAAAGGUGACCAGAAGGCCCGAGGAACUCCUGAGUGUGGGGCAGCUGGUCAAAGGGGUGACGUGCGCUCACAUUGACGCCAUGGAUGGCAACUCCUUCCUGGCCCAUUUCCAGUAUUUCGAGAACAAUCUCUCUCUGCUUUCACUGGAUCAGGUUAAUUGUUUGGCGUGGAAAUACUGGGACGUUUCCAGGUGGACUAUACCGCUGUUCCUCCUGGCCACACUUCCGGUACGCUUCCUGGCUUCUGUCCCAGCCUCCCAGUGUGUGCCCUUUCUGAUCAGCCUAGGGAAGAAUCACUUGGACUCUUUGGUUUUAGAUUCCCACAAAAAGAAUUUGGUCCUGAGGAAAGUGCAGCAGUGCCUGGACAAUUCCCUUGCUGAUGAGUACAUCAUGGACAUUGUGGGGAACCUGCUCUGCCACUUACCUGCGACCUUCAUUGAAAGGGGGAUCUCCCCGAGGGCCUGGGCCACCGCUGUGCACGUCCUCAGAGAUUGUCCAGACCUCAGCCCUGAGCAGAAGGCUGGGGUGAGGCUCAGGCUCCUGGAGCAGAGCGGACCCCCACAGAACUGGACAGCAGAGACUCUGAAGGACUUGGCACCUUUUCUCACACUCUUCUCUGGAGAUGAACUACAUUCUGUUGCCACAAAGUUUCCUGGUAUUCUUCAACACACAGCUUCAAGGAUAGCUGGGAUCCAGCCCCCUAAAGAGUUUCUCUGGGCUGUCUUUGAGUCUGUUCGGAAUAGCAGUGAUGAGAAUCCUAGCUUUCACACCAUCCCUGGUUGCCAUGGAGUCUCUGCUCCCUCUUCUGAUGACAUCUUCAAGUUGGCUGAAGCCAAUGCCUGCUGGGAGCCUGAGGAUCUCUUCUGCAUGGGAGAAGACACGUUCAUCAGGAAUGUGGAGCUGCUGGGUGCUGUCAAGGGUUUCAGCUGGCCUCAGCUGAUGGCCUUGAAGGAGAAGGCGAUCCAGGUCUGGGACUCGCCUUCCCGCUGGAGAGAACACCACGUGGUCUCCCUGGGGCGGAUUGCUCUGGCUCUUACUGAGAGAGAACUGGGAGAGCUGGACCUCAGCUCCAUCGACACCGUUGCUUCUCUGAGCCAGCAGACAGGCUGGACCUUAGGGCAGGCUAAAUCCAUCCUUCAAGGGUUCCUCCAGGAUUCAGGCUAUGGUAUCCAAGAUCUGAAGAGCUAUCAUUUAGUAGGACUUGGUGCCACCCUGUGUGCUAUGAAUGUCACCGAAAUCCCACUUAUACAGAUCUCAGAAUUCAGGAUGGUGGUGGCCAGAAUUGGGACAUUACUCUGCAGCACCCAUGUCUUGGCUGAAUUUAAAAGGAAGGCAGAAGUUGUGUUUGGAGAGCCCUCUAAAUGGACCAGCUCUGUCUUGCAGGAGCUUGGGACCAUUGCAGCUGGAUUAACUAAGGCAGAGCUCCGAAUGCUUGACAAGGAACUGAUGCCAUAUUUCCAGCCAUCAGCAAUAAAAUGCCUUCCUGACGAGAUAUUCAAAGAGCUGUCUGCCGCGCACCUCGCCCGCCUGGGCCCGGAGAACGCGGCGGCCGUCACCCAGGGCCAGAGCCAGCGGCUCAGCGCGCCGCAGCUGCAGAGCCUACAGCGGGCACUAGAUGGCGCCAAGACCCACUCCUGGCCGGACGAGCCCGAGAGCGCCGGCCCCACCCGGACGUCCGCCGCAGGGGCUCCCCGGGGAGCGCCUCUCUCCUGGGGCCUUUGGGUUGGCUGCUCCCUGCUGCUUUUCAUGGCCCAGAGCUGGUGGUGAGUGGCCCGAUGUUCAGCCCUUCGAUGUCCUGAGCAGUUGGCCAAGCCACGUGGAGACACAGGAUGCUUCCAACGGUGGCAGACCCUGACCUGGACUCAGAGCCUCAACGAGGGCAGUGAGACCCUGGAGCCUUGACAUUUAAAAGGCUCCAAAAGGAAAAAGAAUUAUUUAAAAUGAUCUUGCAAGUUCUUAAGUCAGCCUGUCUCCCCAGCAGGGAGCCCUUUUCUGUCUUGUUUUAGCCUCCUUUGUUUUUGGGGUGGAGUUGGAGAAGCUGUGGGGAGGGAAAGAUGUUUUCUGUUAAAAGCACGAAGAUCUUACAAGUUACUGGCCUCCCUUGCUCCCUCCAGAGAGCGAGAGGGGCGUGCAGGAAUGACACCCUUUUAGCCAGUGCUGGGUCUGGUUUCCACUCUGGCUUAAUUUCACUUCCUUGGAGCUAUAGGCUGCAUUGGAUUUCUCCUUCGAUACUUAACAGUGUUGAAAUAAAUGAAUCCCUCAACAGGAGCCAAUAUUCUUGCCUGAUUGCUGGGACUAAUUGAUGUUUUGGUGGGCAUUGCAGUGCUUGGAAAUUAAAACAUUUAACAUGGCUCAACGUUAAAUCAAUUAUUAAAUACAUUUUCCAGAUGCUUUUUAGUUUCUUGGGAAUCAGCUGGAUGAACGACUGAAGUUAUCAGUUAAACUUUCAAAAUCACCUUUUUUUUUUUAGUGGAGGUGGUUGCUCUUCUGGUUUUAUGUUGCUCUGUGCUUUGAGGAAUGCUUUGAAAUAAAAAAUAAAAACAUAUUGCUUAAGA